AUGAACGCGGCCGGCUUCCCCUGCCUGCAAAGUAUGUGCACGCUACCGGCGCCCAGCCCCGCAGCCGCGGCCAGCCCUGGCUCCCCGGGGCCGCCCCGGGCAUCUCCUGCCGCCGGCCAGGCGCCUCCGGUGAAGCCGGAACCGCAGGGCUCUAGGAGCAGCCCUCCUCCCCCGCCGCCGCCCCCCGAGGAACCGCCGCCUCCAGCCGGGGGUCGCCGGAGGAAGCGGCCAGUGCAGCGGGGCAAACCUCCCUACUCUUACAUCGCCCUCAUCGCCAUGGCCAUCGCCAACGCCGCCGAAAGGAAGCUCACCUUGGGGGGCAUCUACAAGUUCAUUACUGAGCGCUUUCCCUUCUACAGGGAGAACCCCAAGAAAUGGCAGAACAGCAUCCGCCACAACCUCACCCUCAACGACUGCUUCGUCAAGAUCCCCCGGGAACCCGGCCAUCCCGGCAAGGGCAACUACUGGACACUGGAUCCAGCCGCAGAGGACAUGUUUGACAACGGGAGCUUCCUGCGCCGGAGGAAGCGGUUCAAGCGCACCGACAUCACCACCUAUCCUGGCUACAUGCAGAACUCCAGUGCCUUCACACCUCCACCCACUGGCCGCCCCACGGCACCAACAGCACCCUACCCCAACACCCUCUGCUCUCCCGGCUACGGCCCCCAGCUCUCCAGCACCGUCUUCCACCCCUAUGCUGCUGGGGCAGCGCCGCCAGCGCAGCAUCCCAGGAUGUUCAGCAUCGACAGCCUCAUCAGCGGGCAGCAGGCCCUGCAGCCCUCACCGCCAGCCGAGCUGGGCCACCCAUCGCUGGGUUUGUCUGGGGCUGAACUGGCUCCUACCUGCUCCGCCGGCAGCUCUGAGCCUCCCUGCUUCCAGGCACAGCCCGUCAGCCCCGGCUUGUUGGGCCGAGCUGGACCCAACACCCUGGCUUAUCCCUAUGCCGCCUCGCCCCCUCACCUGCCUGUGGCACAGGGCAGCUACUCACCCAGCAGCCCACAGCUCUAUGGGGCUCCCAACAGACUGACCCUGCCGGCCAUGAGGCCCCCUGCCUGCAGCGAGCACAGUGAGCAGCUCUUGGGGCUCUCGGCAUCGCCCCUCAGCCAGUUUGGCUCCAGCAAUGCCUACAUGAGGCAGCCCAAUUUCCCCACUGGCCUGGAGCGGUACAUGUGA